AUGAGGCUCACCGCGGAGCUCAUCCGCGACUCCCUCUCCUACCUCAACCCACUGAAGGAGCGAGAGCUCGAUCUCCGAGGCCACCGAAUCCCCGCGAUUGAGAACCUCGGCGUCGCAGGUCCGCACGAUGCGAUCGACCUGACCGAUAACGACAUCCAAGUCCUAGGCAACUUCCCGCUUUCGCCACGCAUCACGACGCUCCUUCUCGCGCGCAACCGAGUCGCUGCGAUUCAGCCUACGCUUGCGGCAUCGACGCCCAACUUGACGAACCUGGUGCUCUCCUCGAACGCGGUUGCGGAGCUGGCAGACCUCGAUCCGCUGGGCAGGCUGGGCCGGUUGACGCACCUGGUGCUCGAGGACAACCCCGUGACGAAGAAGGAGAACUACCGCUACUGGGUCGUCUGGCGAUGUCCCGCCGUUCGCUUCCUGGACUACACAAAGGUGAAGGAGGCGGAGCGCGAGAGGGGGCGAGAGCUGUUCGGUACAGAUGAGGAGCCCACAGCGCUUGCGCAGCAGAUUAUGGGUCAAAAGUCCAAGGGCGCGGCAUUGGCGGCCAAUGGCUCCGCACAGGCACCGUCCAGAUUAUCGAGGAUAAAGCUCACAGACGACGAGAAGAAGCGGUUGCGAGAGCGGAUCAAGAACGCGACAAGCUUGCAGGAGAUCAAUGCGCUGGAGAAGGAACUGAACGAGGGCAGGCUACCAUCGGGGCUCCAGGGAGAUCCGAUGGAGGAGUAG